GUUGCUUCCUCAAAAGAGGAAGGAAAUCAUAGUGAAGAAGAAUGGGACAUGCAGGCUUCUUAUGCAACUAUGGAGAUAGAAGCUGAAAUUGAGGCUAACCAAGUGGCUUUGUUAGCUUCCAACCGAAGUAGAGUUGACUACAGCAAAAAUUGGAUAAUUGACUCUGGAGCUGCUAGUCACAUGACAGGAGAUGAGGACAAGGUGAAAAAUGUUUUCCAUGUAUCUAGGAUGAUAAAGAAUUUGUUGUCUAUGUCACAACUUAUAGCUCUCGGAAAUUAUGUGGUGUUUAGAUUGAAGGAUGUGAAGGUGUAUCAACAACUAAAGAUUGAAGGCACGCCCAUCAUGAAAGGAGAAAAGUGGGACUUUGUUUAUGUAAUGUUUGCUGAAACAGCAUAUGUGGGCAAGACUAGCAAGAAUGAUACUUUUGACUUGUGGCAUGCACGUCUUGGGCAUAUUAGCUAUCUUAGAUUGCAGGUGAUGAUGAAUAAAUCUAUGAUGAAAGGCCUACCUAAGCUAGAAUUGCACAAAGAUGUUGUUUGUGCUGGUUGUCAAUAUGGGAAAGCACAUCAACUUCCAUAUCAGGAUUCCAAGUUCAAGGCCAAGGAACCACUACAGCUAGUGCACUUAGAUGUUUUUGGUAAAGUCAAACUAUCAUCAAUUGGUGGAGCACAUUACAUGGUGACAUUUAUUGAUGACUACUUAAGAAAUGUUGUGUUUGAUGAAGCAUCUUUUUGGCGGUCUCCACAAGAGGUUGUGUUGCCUGAUUCCAAGGAAUUGGAAGAAGAGGUACAGGAAAAGCUUGGAGAAGAUACUUGUAGGCUAUUGGAUACUCAAGAAGUUGUAGAGAAGGAAAAGGAGAUACCUCUUGAAAGAACAGUGAAUCCAUGGCAAACAGGAAAUCGAAAAACUAUGAGGAAGCUGCACAAAGCAUUUGAAUGGAGAAAAGCACUAGAAAAGGAGAUAAAGGCUUUAAUGCCAAACCAGACUUGGGAAUUGGUACCCAAGCCAAAUGAUGUGAAGCUAGUAUCUUGCAAAUGGGUCUACAAGGUUAAGACUCGGCUAGACAAGAAGAUAGAGAGAUAUAAGGCUAGACUUGUUGCUCGAGGAGUACUACUUGCUCUAGCUACAAGCAAAUCAUGGAAGUUGUGGCAAAUGGAUGUGAAGAAUGCAUUUUUGCUCGGAAAAAUUGACAAAGAGAUUUAUAUGGAGCAACCAUGUGGAUUUGAAGAUAAUAGGCAUCCAGAGUAUGUCUGCAAAUUAAAUAGGGUGUUGUAUGGACUAAAACAGGUGCUGAAAGCAUGGUAUGGCAAAAUUGUAGAAUUUCUUGUUCAAAGUGGCUAUUCAAUGAUAGUGGCAAACUCAAGCUUAUUUGUCAAAACUUCAGGCAACAAAAUAACAAGUGUGCUUGUCUACAUGGAUGAAUUAAUUGUCAUCGAAAAUGAUAUUGAAGAAAUUCUUCAAACAAAAGAGAACUUGUCAGUAUGGUUCCAGAUGAAGGAGUUGGGAGAAUUAAAGCAGUUUCUUGGGCUUGAAGUGGAUCAGACAAAAGAAAGCAUAUUCUUGUGUCAACAAAAGCAUGCAUUAGACUUAUUAAAGAAGUUUGGGAUGCUUGAGUGCAAGCCAAUCUCAACUCCAAUAGAGAUGAAUGCUAGACUCUGCUCCUAUAAAGGAAAGGAAUUAGCAAGUGCCACCAUGUAUUGGCAACUCAUUGAAAGCUUAAUCUAUUUAACUUUAUCAAGGCCAGAUAUAUCAUUUGCAAUACGAGUAGUGAGUAGAUUUGCGCAAAAUCCUAAAAAGCCACACUUGGAAGUAGUACGCCAUAUUCUCAAGUAUGUCGAAAGAACACUGGAUUAUGGCAUAUUAUACAGAAGUGGCACAGAGUGUAAGGUGGUUGGUUUUUGUGAUGCUAAUUAUGCUAGGUGUCAUGAUACAAGGAGAUCCACUAUUGGUUGUGAUCUAGAGCGGUCUCAUAGUGCAACAAGAGACAACCCACUUUUUCUUUGUCAACCACUGAGGCAGAGUACAGAGCAGUAGCUGUGGCAGCUCAAGAAAGCACCUGGCUUAUG